CAUGUGCAGUGAUCUCCAUGACGACUCCAAAGCUGAAGAGCCGCCAUUUUGUCAACCUAGGAAGUUCUGAUUCCUUCUGCAAGUAAAAGGCGUUUCACGUCUUAGGAGAGGCACCAUGCCGGUUGCAGCAAAACCGGCGCUUAAGAAGCCGGCAGACACCAUGUCUAGCCAGGGCAUUGCCAGCAAAAAAGCAAGCAAGGGAGCAAAAGGGAAGACUCCCAGGGGAAAGGAUAUGGAUGACAUGUCAGAGAUGGGGGAGGUAGGAGAUGAAUGGAUGCAGCAAAAAACAAUGGUGAAACCAGAUGACCAGUUAGAACUGACAGAACAGGAAAUGAAGGAAGAAUUCACCCGUAUCCUGACAGCCAACAAUCCCCAUGCACCGCAGAACAUUGUCAGGUUUAGUUUCAAGGAAAAGGUGUUCAAGCAGGUAGCCAGUGUUGACCAGCUGGCCAUCCAUUUCUCCCUGGAUGGGAACAUGCUGCACAAGGACUCUGAUGAGGCCAGGAGGCAGAUGGCCCGAGGUGGUCUUGCUGAAGCUCCCAGUGAGCCAGCAGUGGCUGAGGGAGAGGAGAAGGCAGAGGCAGCAGGUGAAGGUGGCGAGGGGGAGGCAAAACCUGAGGGUGAGGGAGGAGAGGCGGAGAAGGAGGAAGGUGCAACCCAGACGGCACCAGCAGCAAAGGGAGGGGACAAAAAACUCACCAACCAGUUCAACUUCAGUGAGAGGGCAUCUCAGACCUUCAAUAACCCUUACAGGGAGAGAGGCACACAGACUGAGCCGCCACCUCGGGUGAACUUCUCCUCAACAGCCAACCAGUGGGAGAUCUAUGAUGCGUACGUGGAGGACAUCCAACGUCAGGAGAAGUCCAAAGAAAAGAAGGGCUUCCGUGGACAACAGGAGAGCACCAACAGGAAGAAGAUAUCAGCUAUCGAGAGCCAGGGCGAUGACAUAACAAGAAUUGAGAAACCUGCCAAGAUUCUGGAAAGGAUGGUGAACCAAAACACCUAUGAUGACAUUGCACAAGACUUUAAGUACUGGGAGGAUGUGUCUGAUGAGUACAGGGAACAGGAGGGCACCUUACUGCCUCUGUGGAAGUUCAGCUAUGAGAAGUCGAAGAGACUUGCAGUCACUUCCAUCUGCUGGGACCCCAAGUACAGAGACCUGCUGGCUGUAGGCCAUGGCUCAUAUGACUUCCUGAAGCAGACGCGUGGUCUGAUCUGCCUGUACUCCCUGAAGAACCCGUCCUUCCCAGAGUUCAUCUACAACACGGAGACAGGUGUGAUGUGCCUGGACAUCCACCCCGCCUACCCUCACCUGGUGGCUGUGGGGUUCUAUGACGGCAGUGUGGGGGUGUUCAGCCUGACUGAGAAGAUACAGGAGCCCAUGUACAAGUGCACGGCUAAGGGAGGGAAACACACGGACCCUGUCUGGGAGGUCAAAUGGCAAAAGGAUGACUUGGACAACAACAUGAACUUUUUCUCCAUUGGAGGAGAUGGCAGGGUGGUCUCCUGGACUCUGGUCAAGAAUGAGCUGUUGUGCACAGAUGUCAUCCUGCUGAAGCUGGAUGAGUCCCCGGCUGAUGGAGCUGAGGGUACCCAGCUCUUCACUCUGGGUUGUGGCACAGCUUUUGACUUCCAUAAACAGACUGACUACCUGUUCCUGGUGGGGACAGAGGAAGGUAAGAUCCACAAGUGCUCCAAGGCCUAUUCCAGCCAGUUCCUGGACACAUUUGAUGCCCACCACAUGGCGGUGCACUCUGUCCGCUGGAACACCUUCCACCCCAAGAUCUUCCUCUCCUGCAGUGCUGACUGGACGGUCAAGAUCUGGGAGCACACCUCCAACAUGCCACUGUUCACCUUUGACCUGGGCAGUUCCGUGGGUGAUGUGGCCUGGGCUCCCUAUUCCUCCACAGUGUUUGCUGCAGUCACCUCUGAUGGCAAGGUUCACGUCUUUGACCUGAAUGUGAACAAGUAUGAGGCCCUGUGUGAGCAGGUUGUUGUCACCAAGAAGAAAACCAAGCUGACUCACAUCGAGUUUAACCCCAACUACCCCAUGAUCAUUGUUGGAGAUGACAGGGGCUACGUGACAAGCUUGAAGCUUUCACCCAACCUUAGGAAGAUGCCAAAGGAGAAGAAGGGUGUGGAGGCAGCAAAGGGACCUGAGGUUGAGAUUGCGAAGAUGGACAAACUGCUCUCACUGGUGCGUGAGCCGCCUGCUGAGAAGAAGUGAUAUGUUUGAGGAGACCGACAGUAGAAACAAGCUGUAACAUUCUCUUCCUAGAUUUGAUUUGAUUUCUUUACUGUACAGCCUACAGUUGUUACAUAUGUGUCUCCAUGGAUUGUACUUUUAAGUAGAUUCGUGAUAAAGCCUAGCAGCUUGAGGAAGGCAGAAUUGUAUUUUCAUACAUGCUCAACAACAUGUAAUCAUAGUACUAUUAUCAUAUUGACUUGCCUUUUGUUCAGGGUGGUGGUCAAUUAACAAAUUCUACUCAUGGGUCUGUUUGAUUAGAACAUUUUGUGAUUUUGACUAUCCAAGCAGCCUGUAUAUUAAUGUACAAUGAAUAUGUACUUAGUUUUCUCGUACAAUGUAGUUACUGUACUAAAGCUGUGACUGUGAGAAAGGUUGAGUUGCUACUGUGGACAACCUCAACAAAAUGUAAAAAAAAUGCCAAAUGUACAAGCAGAAUUUAAGGACAUCGCUCUUCUGGGGACAAUUUUGUACCUAGGGUUUCCAUAGGUAGCACAAAUAUCCUCUUUUCUUGUCACUAUUAAAGUAAUAUUCUGUAGCUUGCUGUGAAUAGUGGAUAGUGUCUCUCUCCUAUCAGGUCCAUGCUUCUUAAGGGGAGAUUGUAAAAUGUUGUACAUGGCAACUGUGACAAAUUUUUAUCUUUAGAUGUUUUAUAACUUUGUGACUUCUUGUACAUAUUGGUAUAGCAGUUGACCUUCCUUGAACCACAUUCUUGGAUGCCAUUUCUUAUGCUACUUCACAUUGAGAGGUCCAAGUCUUAAAUAUUGAUUGUCAUAUUUGCGUGAAAUUUUGACUCCAAGUUCAUUCAUCCACAAUAACAGAAUGUAGUUUUGUCAUUACAAAGCACAAGUGUAAAUUCACCAACUUAUAAUUUUUGUGGCAGUAUACUGAGUGUUCUGCUGCCCUUAACUUGUAGUUAAGUUUUUUUUCCAGUGGAUUUAUGCAUAAAAAUAUGUUACACAAUAGUAAUAUACAGUGUACAGACUUGACCUCUUCACACAACUGUUUUGUUGUUUGAUUUAAUGAUCUUGAAUAAAAAGAUAUGGUGGAUUUAC